CUCUAGCGGGCCCAAUCCUGGCCAGGUCUCGUAGACCGGAAGCUAGUUGUUUGCAACUGUCCGGAGCCUCUGCCACGAACACUGACCAUGGUCAUCCCACCGAUUCAAUCCUUCUAUCAGAAGGAACCGCCUGCCUCUUCUGCCUUCUCCCAGACACUACCAGGAACACCCGGAUCCAACCCUACAGGCACAAACCGAGCGCCGUUGACAGAAACCUGGAAGCCACAAGGCACUUAUCAGAGAGUCAACAUCUCCGAACUUCAGUCAGGAAGAGGCAAGGUCCGAUUCAUGGGGAGAAUUGUCAACAUAUGCCCGACCAAGCCUGACCAUCAGCCCAGAGCCCUUUCCUCUAUUCCUUCUGGAUUCCACUUCAUGGUGGUUAAAGACAAUACUGGAGUAGUUGCCGUCAAACUUCUCGGUACGCAAUCCGACCUACCCAACCUCCACCUCGGGAAGCUGGUUACAGUAUGGACUGGCUUUGUGGCCGAGUACUCCACCGCAGCCGCGAUUCAAGUCCCUUUCGUGUCGAUGUUCAUUCCUGUUCACCCAGGCCCGGCUUCGCAAUCAUGUAUCAAGUUCCACCAAGACGAAACGAAUCCAGAAGAGACGGGCCUUUGUCGUAUCCCUCUGGAAUAUGACACUAGUUCUGCGUCCUCUCAGAUGCCGGGACUGAUAAGCCUCAAAGCCUUCAUGAAAGGCACUCAUACCAAUGAGAAGCGCGAGGAUGAUACUUUGACAAGAGUCCUUGUCUGUGUCUCAAGCGUUGGCCCUCGCAAGACCAUCAAGACCUACAACAAGCCAGGCACUCUGGAACUGGUCGAGGUCCAUGUCUGUGACGAAACAGAUCAUUGUGUGCUCAAACUCUAUAGUGACCAGGUUAUCUCGGCACGCACAUGGACUGCUGGACAUACCAUCCUACUCUUUACCAACGCAAAAUUCUACCCUCGAAAGAGAAUCAACGAAAACCCAGGACUGGGUAUUGCCCUGAACUCGAAAGUGGAUGUGGAUCCCGACUUCCCAGAUGCUUACUGGCUUCGACGGAUGGCUGAAGCUCAAACAAAGAGAGAGCGGGUACACACUCCGUUCCCCGUUGGUGUAUGGGACGUCGAAGAAGCUAUCAACGGCCCGAACAGGGUACUCUAUACCUUGGCAGACGUGGAUGAGAGGGUGAGAGAGGACUCUAGUGUCGUGUUCACCGGGAAGCUCAACGUCCUCAUACUGGGCGCCAGUAUCUGCGAGAGCCAGAGACAGAACAGACUCUGUUGUUUCGAAUGUUUUCGUAGGUCGCAGCUGGAGCAUGGUGGUUCGUUCCCCCAAGCCUCCUGGGCGACUGAGCUUUUUGCCAUUUUUAUCGCCUUCGGCUAUGGUUGA